AUGUGGAUGUCAGCGGUGGAAUUCAUAGAUGCAGAAACGGCACUUGGAGCUGAAGCGGGUCAUAACUUGUUCACUUGCGAAAUUGAUAGAGGAGCAGACAAUGCUGAUGAGAAGCGCAGGCUAGCGGAAGCAGGCAUGUUUUAUCUUGGGGAAAUGGUGAAUGUUUUCCAAAGAGGAUCGCUUGUUUCAAGCCACGUUGACAAUCCGCUCCCCAUAGAGAAACCUAUUCUCUAUGGAACCGUUGAUGGCACGAUUGGGCUCAUUGUACAACUACCGGAGAAAUAUUUCAGGUUCUUCUCUGACGUAGAAAAAGGCGUUGCAAAGGAGACUGACAACUGUAUGCGAAUAGAACAUGCAGUGUACCGACAGUUUACCAGCAGUGGGUUCAUUGAUGGAGACUUGGUGGAGUCCCUGUUGGAUAUGCCUCGUGAAACAGCCGCUGCAGCAUUGGCCGGUAUCCAGCGACCUGGUGAGCAAUUGAGGGCGUUCAUCAAUCACCAGAGGAACUGA